AAGGCAGGAGUUUUCUUACUAUGGCUGGAACAAAGACACUUUUGAUGCUGGAAAACUUCAUAGAUGGAAAAUUCUUCCCUUGUAACUCGUAUAUAGAUUCCUACGAUCCCUCUACAGGGGAGGUGUACUGCAGGGUGCCCAACAGUGGGGAAGAAGAGGUCGAGGCUGCGGUGGAGGCCGCCAGAGCCGCCUUCCCGGGCUGGUCGUCCCGCAGCCCAAAGGAACGCUCGCUCGUGCUGCGACGGCUGGCGGACUUGCUGGAACAGUCCCUGGAGGAGCUGGCUCAGGCCGAAUCCAAGGACCAAGGGAAAACCAUAACACUGGCAAGAACCCUGGACAUCCCCCGGUCUGUAGAGAACUUUCGUUUCUUUGCCUCCUCCAUCCUGCACCACACGUCAGAGUGCACCCAGAUGGACCACCUGGGCUGUCUGCACUACACCGUGCGGGCCCCCAUGGGCAUCGGAGUCCCACCAGGGGUGGUAAAUAUUGUGUUCGGAACAGGGCCCAGGGUAGGUGAGGCCCUGGUGUCCCACCCGGAGGUGCCGGUCAUCUCCUUCACUGGGAGCCAGCCCACAGCCGAGCGGAUCACGCAGUUGAGUGCUCCCCACUGCAAGAAGCUCUCCCUGGAGCUGGGGGGCAAGAAUCCUGCCAUCGUCUUUGAGGAUGCCAACCUGGAGGAGUGUAUUCCAACCACCGUCAGGUCUAGUUUUGCCAACCAGGGGGAAAUCUGCCUCUGUACCAGCAGGAUCUUCGUCCAGAAGAGCAUCUACAGUGAAUUUCUAAAGAGGUUUGUAGAAGCUGCCAGGCUGUGGAAAGUGGGCCUUCCCUCCGACCCGUCGGCCAGCAUGGGAGCUCUGAUAAGCAAAGCUCAUCUGGAGAAAGUCAGAAGUUACAUCAAGAAAGCUCGUGCUGAAGGGGCCCAAAUUCUGUGCGGUGAGGGUGUGGAUAAGUUGAGUCUUCCCUCCAGGAAUCAGGGAGGCUAUUUUAUGCCUCCCACCGUGAUAACAGACAUUAAGGACGAAUCCUGCUGCAUGAAGGAAGAGAUAUUUGGUCCGGUGACGUGUGUUGUCCCCUUUGAUAGCGAAGAGGAAGUGAUUAAAAGAGCCAACAGUGUUAAAUAUGGGCUGGCAGCGACCGUGUGGUCAAGCAAUGUGGGGCGUGUCCACCGGGUGGCUAAGAAGUUGCAGUCAGGCUUGGUCUGGACCAACUGCUGGCUCAUCAGGGAGCUGAACCUUCCCUUCGGGGGGAUGAAGAGUUCUGGAAUAGGUAGAGAAGGAGCCAAAGACUCUUACGAAUUCUUCACUGAAAUCAAAACCAUCACCAUUAAGCACUGACCGUGGACAGUGGAGAAACUGUUAUGGUCAAUGCCUGGCUACCGACAAUCAGUGGUCCAAUGUGAUGAAUGAAAAUUCCAUCCAGGUCUUGACUCGGCAGGUUAUUGCUAGCUUAUCCUCGGUAGUUAAUAUUUGUACCCGCUUGGUGAAGAGAUGCUAUCUAUU